AUGAUCAAAUCAUUAAUAUUUAAUGAUAAAUCUAUUAGAUUAUUAGGAUCAUCAUCCUAUUCUUCUUUUAUCAAUUAUAAUCGACGUUAUUAUUGUUCAAAUGAAACGGCAAAGUUAAACAACAAUAAUAAUAAUACUUCUUCUUCUUCGAUAUCAGAAAAUACAAAAGAAUAUUUAAGAAAAAGAGAUCAAGUUGUAAAUGCACAUACCGAUCAAUUAAGAAUAGCAAUUAUCAAUACUUCAAAGACUGCAAGUGUUGCAAUGAAGAAACAUCAACUCGAUGAGAAACCUCAAUACUUUUCUCUGUUGGCAAAGAUGAUGAGUGGUGUAUCACUAUGUUCAUCCUUUUUAAAAGAUGAAGAAAGAUUUAAAGCCCAAAUUAAAUCUAGAAAUUUAAAUCCUUUUUAUAUAUAUGCAGAAUCAUUAAAAGUUGGAGAAGUUAGAGGAUUUUUACAAGAGACUGAAGCAAUUGAUAGACAAUAUAGUGGAAAGGUGAUGGGAGAAGAUGAUGAACCACCCAAUGGAGUAUUUCAAAUUACAAAGACAUUGUAUGGUGCCAAAACACCAAUUGAAUCAUCAGUGGAAUUGGUAGAUUACUCUAUUGAAAAUGAAUUUGCAUUGUAUUUUUUCUUGUCUGAACAAAUACCAUCUGCCAUUAAAUUGGAAACUCGUAUUGGAAAGGACAAUAAUGAUUGUUUUAGUGGUGGUAUAUUGGUACAAACAAUGCCAGGUACACCUGAUAAUAUCAUUCAAGAUGUUAGAAAUCGUAUUAGAGAUUUAUCAAUUGAAAAGGAACUCUUUCAGAAUUCAAAAACAUUGGAAGAUAUCAUUCAAUUGAUAAAACCAGAAUCUGAUACAUCACCGUUAGUCAUUAUAGGUCGUACAUUGGUAGAUUUCUAUUGUCGAUGUAAUAUUACAACUUUUAAAAAUCAUAUCAUGUCUUUGGGUUUACACGAAGUAAAAUCAAUGAAACAAGAUAAUCAUAAUGAAAUUAGAUGUUAUAGUUGUAAUACUAUUCAUAAAUUAACAGAUAAAGAUUUUUCUGAUAUGAUUAAUAUUUUAGAAAAUAAACAAGAAUAA